AUGAAGCAAUUUUUGUCUCUGUUCGCCAUGGGCGCUGUGCUGGCAAAGACUGCUUCGGCACACUAUAUUUUCAGCAAGCUUGUGAUCGAUGGAGAAGCAUCGGCGGACUGGCAGUAUAUCCGUCAGACUACUCGAAGCGAGAACUAUAUGCCCACCAAGUAUUCGAAUACUUUCGACAACUUGACGCCUAGUGAUAGCGAUUUCCGCUGUAAUCUGGGAUCUUUCUCAAACGCUGCCAAGACCGAGGUCGCUGAGGUCGCAGCUGGCGAUAGAAUUGCCAUGAGGUUGUUUUAUGAUGGUACCAUCGCCCAUCCUGGACCCGGUCAAGUCUACAUGUCUAAGGCACCCUCCGGUAACGUUCAGGAAUACGAAGGCGACGGCGAAUGGUUCAAGAUUUGGGAGAAGACCCUUUGCAAUAAGGAGGGAGAUCUGACCAAGACCGCCUGGUGUGCCUAUGGUAUGUCUGAAUUUGAGUUCCAGAUUCCUGACAAUACCCCGGCUGGCGAGUACCUCGUUCGUGCUGAGCACGUGGGUCUUCAUGGUGCCCAAUCCAACGAGGCCGAAUUCUUUUACAGCUGUGCCCAGAUCAAGGUUUCUGGCUCUGGAAACGGCAUCCCGAGCUUGACUUACAAGAUUCCUGGUCUUUACAAUGAUUCUAUGGAACUUUUCAAUGGGUUGAACCUUUGGGUCAACACCGUCGAUGAGGUUGAGGUGGAUAUUACGAAAACGCCUGUUGGUGAUGAUGUUUGGGAUGGCAGCAGAUCUUCCGCAUUAAGGUCAAGCUCCGCUGCUCCCUCCGCCACUCCCUCUGCCGGAGUUCGCAGCUCGAUAAUAUCUAGCUGCAGCCUCUAG